CGUGACUCACCACAUGGGGGCGCUGGCGGCGGGGUUACAUCUGUGGAGGCUGUUGGUUGGGGUAGUGUGUGGGCGUGUAAAGUUUGUGUGUGUGUGUGUGUGUGUGUGUCUGUGCAUUGUGUGUGUGUGUUAUGUGUAUGUGUUUUUGCGGGCGUGUAUAGUUUGUGUAGUUUGAGAGUGUGUAAAGUUUGUGUAGUGUGUGCAUUUGCAGUUUGUGUAUUAUGUGUUUGUGCGUGUACAGUUUGUGUAUUGUGUGUGUGUGUGUGUUCAGGAGUUUGUGUAAACAGCGGUUGAAAUGAUUGUGUACAGCAGUGUUAUCUAGAGGAAAUAUCAGAGGAAGGUAAGAUAAAUAUCUGCUGAGAUCAAUACCCCAGUGUGAGCCAGAGAUUGUAGGGGAGAAAGUUGUUCAUCUGGUCCUUCUAAGGUUUAUGUUUUUACUAAGCCAAUGAAUACAGAAUGAUUAUGUCACCUUGCCUACACUUCGUGUUGAAAAAGCCAACAUAUGAAAUGACAAAUACUUUGAUAUAUGUGUUAAUAAAGUUUUGCUCUGUUUUAUAUUUAAUGUUGUCUUCAAUUCCCUUUGAAAUUUUGGCCGUGUGUAGAAAUUAAUCUAACUACAUUAUAUGUAAAUUAUAUACAUUAUUCAAGCUUUGUAAUAGUAUGUACUAGCAUACACCAAAUUAUGCAAAUUAACCGACUAAGCUUCAGCCAAUCAAAGCGCAGUAACAGCAGAGACAGCCUGGGAAUUCCUUCACAGAUCACAUUUCCAGUGCGCAGAAUGAUGGCUUUUGAAGCGCACGAACGCACCUUUUCACAAGGUCAACCAAUCGGAGAUUUAAUAAAGUUCAGCAGUUCUGAAACCCAAAAUUCCGACAGCCCAGGGUCUCCUGAAUCAGAGGUUUAGACUGGCAUAGCCUACAUCCUCACCUGAGGUGACUGCCAUUCAGGUGACCUGGUUUCACGCGUCACUCAGUGGGACGGUCUCACUUCCCUCUGGGAAACCAUUAACCUGGCUCAGAGUCCGAUCCCUCCAACCCUACCUGCACAUUGGCACCGGACUUUUUAGGUCGCUUUCAGUCCAAUAUAAUGGUUUACGCUUUCGAUGCGUAAAUCACCACACAGGACCGUAGCGGCAGAACAUAGCAGAUGCACCUGACUGGCGCUGAGAAAGUCAGGGUGGGUUGUCUGCAUGCAAUGGCUGUUCACUAUUUCCUGGUCUGUCCCAUUCUACUACUCCUGACUCUCGUCGCGGUAGAGGCCCUUCAAUAUGGACGCAGGGGCUCCGAAACCACGCUUGUCCCCCAAAUCCGGGGGGCUCCCGAUGCGAUCCUGUGGAAACAAGAGUCUCGUAAAGUAGUGGAGUUCGACGGCAGUGAGGAGAGUGUCCAAGAGACGUUCCGGGACCGGGUGGUCCUGGACUGGCACGCGGCCUCCCUCAUCAUCAAGGACCUCCGGUUGGCUGACAGUGGCACCUACGAGCUGGAGGCCACCAUCAACAACAAGAAGUACUACUCCCAGCAUGAGGUGGUGGUUAUUGAGAAGGUGGCGCCGCCCACCAUCUCCUGCCUCAUCAACGGCACGGUCGGCGGCGACGGCGAGUCGGACCCCCCGCGGACCCGCGCCGUCCUCAGGUGCAGCGCCGAGGGGCCUCCCUCCCUCAUCACCCUCGCCUGGACCCCGGUGGACGGCGUGGCGACGAAGGGGGCGGGGCUAACGGUCGCCCUGGCCGGAGACCGGGACGACACGGUGUACACCUGCCUGGCCAGCAACCCCGUGAGCCAGGAGAUGGGCACGUUCGUGGCCAAAGAUUGUUACCCAGACAGUUUCCCAACCGGAGGGAUCGUGGCCAUCGUGGUGCUCUGUCUGCUCGGGGUUAUAUCAGCGGGCUGCGUCGUGGGCUACUGGAGAUGGAGCAAAGCACACCCUAAGUCCGAUGGUAUUGAAGACGUCGAGUCACGGCCGCUGAACCGAUCAAAUGGGUCGGGCAUCUCCAAGGCCUACGGUAACAGAGCCACGCUACCUAGCACCCAGCCUCUGCUGCACCCCCCCAUGGGAGAGGACAACACCACCCACUCCGGGGGCGGUGGGGACUCGACCCGGGUCAGUGUCCACCCCUCAGAGUCCAGGCUGCCAGAUCUGCAGCAGCCAAGCGACCUGGAGUCGAAGCUCAGUGCGGGCGACCCUCCAGUGAGCGUCCUGGUGGAGCCCGCUCAGGGGUCUGAAUCUGAUUUAACUGCUCCUCAGCCAAUGACCCCGCGAGACGACCAUCUUGGCUCUGAUGUAGGUGGCCAUCUUGGCUCUGAUGAAGGCGGCCAUCUUGGCUCUGAGGAAGGCAGCCAGGCAGCCGACGCAGACCUCUACAGAUCAGAUCCAGAGGCGCGGGAGCCCGCCGCGGUCGUACUGAGAGAGGAGGAAGUGUACGUCACUCCUCGGAGCAGCAGUGGUUCCUUGCAUGGGGAUAAGGAAGAGGAGAAGGAGAAGUCUAAGGAAGAGAAGGUUGAGCCAACGUUCCACACUCCUCGGGGCAGCCGUGACUCCUUGCAUCAGGAGGAGAAGGAGGAGGAGGAGGAGAAGGCUGAGGCAGCGGGGCCGGCUCCUUUAAGCCUCCUUGGUUCCUCCAAGGCGGAGCGAGGGGAGGAGGCGGAGGAGAAGGAGGAGGAGGAGGAGGAGGAGAAGAAAAAGGAGGCGGAGGAGGAGGAGGAGGCUGAGGCAGCAGGGCCUGCUCCUUUCAGCCUCCUUCGUUCCUCCAAGGCGGAGCGAGGGGAGGAGGCGGAGGAGAAGGAGGAGGAGGAGGAGGAGAAGAAAAAGGAGGCGGAGGAGGAGGAGGAGGCUGAGGCAGCAGGGCCUGCUCCUUUCAGCCUCCUUCGUUCCUCCAAGGCGGAGCGAGGGGAGGAGGCGGAGGAGAAGGAGGAGGAGGAGGAGGAGAAGAAAAAGGAGGCGGAGGAGGAGGAGGAGGAGGCUGAGGCAGCAGGGCCUGCUCCUUUCAGCCUCCUUCGUUCCUCCAAGGCGGAGCGAGGGGAGGAGGCGAAGGAGGAGGAGGAGGAGAAGAAAAAGGAGGAGGAGGAGCAGGAGGAGGAGGAGGAGCAGGGGGAGGAGGAGGAGGAGGAGAAGAAGAAAAAGGACACGGGGGUCAUUCCUGCGGAUGAACACGGUGACGAGCGUCUUGUGGCUGCUGGUGAACCACCGGUGAACGUUGUGACCCAGCCGUCAGAGGAGAAGGCAGCAGUAGCUGGCGCUCCACAUGGGGCCGAGGUUCUGCAGGAGAAAGGGGAGGCGGGGAAGGAAGAGGAAGACGACGGGGAGGAGGAAGGACAGGGGGUGAGCUCGCCACAGAAGGCCCCCCCCCCUGACAGCCACAGCGACUCGGCGGCCGGGGCGGGAGAGAGGGGUACGGACGGGAGGGAGGAAGACGCAGAAGAGACGUCACACGCGGCAAACGACAAACGGGACGACGCCGAAGACAAAAAGGGAAAGGUGGCGCCUCCUACCGAGCCGGACCGAGAAGUGAGGGGGAGGGGGGAGGAAGAAGAGGACAACGGUGUCAAGGAAACGGCACGGGACGACCCACAGGGGACCAAGGAGGAUGACGGUAAGGACAAAGGGCUGGUGAGCUCUCCAGCGUCCAAACCGGAGUCUCCCCAGGAUUCUGAAGCGGUGGUGGGGGAGGGGAAUACAGAUAGGAGCACGGAAGAGGAGACGAAACACCACCAAGACAACGCAGGAGACGGGGCGGAACGGGUGACGCCUACUGUCGAGCCCGCCGUGGAGACACCAGAGAGGAAGAGAGAAGACCAAGCAUCACACGACGACUCGGACGGGCAAGAGGAAGAGGAAAGUAAAGACAGAGGGUCAGAUGAGACGAUACACCAACAAGACAACGCAGGAGACGGGGCGGGACAGAUGCCGCCUCCUGCCGAGCCAGCAGUGAAGACACCUGAGGGGGAGAGAGAAGUCGUCCCACAAACAUCCCAGGACGACGUGGAACGGCCAAAGGAAGGGGAGGUAGAGGAAGAGGAUGGUAAAGACAAAGGAGGGGCCAGCCUCCCAGCGUCCACACCUGAGACUGAGGCCGUGGCGGGGGAGGCCAUUACAGAUACAAGCAUGGUGGACAAGAAGUUGGACGUGGAGUCGCCUGAGGGGAAGGAAAAGGAGGACAAUGUCCAGCAAACAGUUCACGAUGACGCCCACGUGGAAGAGGCAGAAGGGGUUAAAGAGGGAGGCAAGACCAGCUUGACCGAGAUGGAGUCGGGUCCUGAGAUCGGACCGGACCCUGGCAGGCAGCCCGGAGGCAGCGGCGCCGAGCGGGGAGGGACGCAAGGCUCAGGGGGACAACACGAGGGACGCAGAGAGGAAACGAGAGACGGGCCACUCCCUGCCAAUCACGUAGAGGAGGGGGACGCCAGGGACGGAAAUAAGGAUGAGGAGAACGAGGACGGCGCUGAGUAGGACGGAGGGCUGGGCCGGGGACGGUCGCUGGGGAACACCGGCAGGACCUUCUGAGGACUUCAGCCUCCCGGCACACCCUGCUGGAGAUACCUGGACUAUGUGUUUGAAUCGUGAGCAACCCCUGCCCUGCCCCUCGGUUAAUACUGUCCUGAAGCCGUUCUGGUUAGCAAAGAGGCCUCACUGUCCUCACACUGGUUGGAAACAUUUAUUUUUCGAACUUGAACAUGUAAAAGCAGGGUCGAGGGCUUUGAAGCGUACGAGGAUGCGCAACGAACAGUGCAACCUCUGUUGCUGUGGCAGGAUGAGGAUGCGACUCUGAGAUGGUCAGGGUGGGUAGGGCAGAACUAAAUCCAGUCUAAGUGAAGUGAGAUGGGUUUUAGUCGCCUUCCAGAGCAAACUUGUGAAAUUCUUCUUAAUCUUGUUCUCGAACAUGCUACUGGAUUCUAUUGUGUCUGCUCCUUCAGUGUGUCAAACGUCAAAUAUUGGUUUAUGAAACUGAUAAGCAGGCCAGUGACACGCCUAGUCUGAUAAAAGAUAACACAACAAUACAGUAUUUUAUAGAAGGUGUGCUGUUUGUUUUUUAGUUAACGAAUAACUUUAGAAUCCUUUUGGACUUUUUUUCCCACACCAACUUUACCUUCAAGAUGAAUUUAGCAUUUAAUUCACAUUAAUUGUAAUGAUCAGUUCUUGUCAUCAGGGGAUGGUGUUUCCUCGUUUUUCUCUAACCAUUUUCAGCAAUUAUUUCUAUGUGAUUUUUUUUUAUGUAAAAAUGACAUCAUUGACCUGAUUUAGUUUUUAUGAUUAACAAUAUCAUUUUGCUUCUGAGUAUUACUACCAUACUAUUACAAUAUUAGUCUAAUACUAUACAGUAUUUUACAUUCAGAGUUCAUGAAAACUGCACUUUGAGAUUAUGUGUACAUUUCAACAAGUUUGAUUCAAAACAAAAACAUAAAUUUCUACAUGAACACUAAAUAUAUGCAGUUAAAUAAUGGAUAUUCAGCACCCAGACAGCAAGAGCAUGAGAAACAGUUAAUGAGAACAAUAUUGACCGAUAGCUGAAGGUUAUAACAAAUGCACUCGUAACUAAGUUAUAUUAUUUUAAAAAACAAAAUCUAUAGGGAGUCAAAUCAAUGUUUGAUUAAGUGUCCUAUAUUGAAGAAUGGGGAUUUUAUUAUUCAUGUUAUUACAUUGAUUAACUAUUUUUAAAGUGUGAUAUAUAACUAACAGAUUCUCUUUUUUUUUUUGCUUGCUUUUUUAACAAAUAUGCUACGUAUAUUUUUUAAAUUCUGUUUCAUUAUAAAAUGUUUUGGAGCUAACCUAAAAUCA